UCGCGACAAUGAUUAUUUUCUACAAAUCAUAAAGAUAUUGGAACAUUAUAUUUUAUUUUUGGAGCAUGAGCUGGAAUAGUCGGAACAUCUUUGAGAAUUUUAAUUCGAGCUGAACUUGGUCACCCAGGAGCUUUAAUUGGAGAUGAUCAAAUUUAUAACGUAAUUGUAACAGCUCAUGCAUUUAUUAUAAUUUUUUUUAUAGUUAUACCUAUUAUAAUUGGAGGAUUUGGAAAUUGACUAGUUCCUUUAAUAUUAGGAGCCCCAGAUAUAGCUUUUCCUCGAAUAAAUAAUAUAAGAUUUUGAUUACUACCUCCUGCCCUUUCUCUUUUAUUAGUAAGAAGUAUAGUUGAAAAUGGAGCUGGUACUGGAUGGACAGUUUACCCUCCAUUAUCUUCUGGAAUUGCUCAUGGAGGUGCAUCAGUAGAUUUAGCUAUUUUUUCUCUUCACUUAGCAGGAAUUUCUUCAAUUUUAGGGGCUGUAAAUUUCAUUACAACAGUAAUUAAUAUACGAUCUUCUGGUAUUACUUUAGAUCGAAUACCUUUAUUUGUUUGAUCAGUUGUAAUUACAGCUUUAUUACUUUUAUUAUCAUUACCAGUAUUAGCUGGAGCAAUUACUAUGUUAUUAACUGAUCGAAAUUUAAAUACUUCAUUUUUUGAUCCAGCGGGAGGUGGGGAUCCUAUUUUAUAUCAACACUUAUUUUGAUUUUUCGGUCACCCAGAAGUAUAUAUUUUAAUUUUACCUGGUUUUGGAAUAAUUUCUCACAUUAUUAGUCAAGAAUCAGGUAAAAAGGAAACUUUUGGGUCUUUAGGAAUAAUUUAUGCUAUAUUAGCUAUUGGUUUACUUGGAUUCAUUGUAUGAGCUCAUCAUAUAUUUACAGUAGGUAUAGAUGUAGAUACACGAGCUUACUUUACUUCAGCUACUAUAAUUAUUGCUGUUCCUACUGGAAUUAAAAUUUUUAGUUGAUUAGCAACUCUUCAUGGGGCUCAACUAUCUUAUUCACCUGCUAUUUUAUGAGCUUUAGGAUUUGUAUUUUUAUUUACAGUUGGAGGAUUAACAGGUGUAGUUUUAGCUAAUUCAUCUGUUGAUAUCAUUUUACAUGACACAUACUAUGUAGUAGCCCAUUUUCAUUAUGUUUUAUCAAUAGGAGCUGUGUUUGCUAUUAUAGCAGGAUUUAUCCAUUGAUAUCCUUUAUUUACAGGAUUAACAAUAAAUAACAAAUUAUUAAAAAGUCAAUUUGUUAUUAUAUUUAUUGGAGUAAAUUUAACAUUUUUCCCUCAACAUUUUCUAGGAUUAGCAGGUAUACCUCGACGUUAUUCAGAUUACCCAGAUGCUUAUACUACAUGAAAUGUAGUUUCAACAAUUGGAUCUUCUAUCUCCCUUUUAGGAAUUUUAUUCUUUUUUUAUAUUAUUUGAGAAAGUUUAGUUUCACAACGACAAGUAAUUUACCCAAUUCAAUUAUGUUCAUCUAUUGAAUGAUACCAAAAUACACCACCUUCUGAACAUAGUUAUUCUGAAUUACCUCUUUUAACUAAUUAA